AUGCGGCGUAUAACAUAUCGAAGUUGUGGUGAAGUAUCGUACAAUCCGACAUCUUCCACAUGCUGCGCUGAUCGGGUGGUACGAAAAUCGGGUUUGACCUCCUCGUGCUGUGGAGCCAAAGCUUACGACACAAGAUCCAGCAUGUGUUGCGGUGAUAAAGUUUUUAGAAAUUCAUUCUCAGCCUGCUGUAGUUCUCAACCCUACGACAAACGAUUACAAAUAUGCUGUGGUGGAAAAAUAUUCGGUAAAUCUGGCUUUACCUCAGGCUGUUGUGGUUCACGAUCCUACGACUCAAGAAGACAAUUUUGUUGUGACGGUGAAGUGGUUGGUAGAUCGGUUCCAGCAUUGGCCUGUUGUGGAUCUCAGUCCUACGACAAAAGAUUCCGAAUGUGCUGUGCCGAUAAAAUAGUCGGUAAAUCUGGCUUAACCUCAGCCUGUUGUGGAUCUCAGUCCUACGACACAAUAGGCCGUAUGUGUUGCGCCGGUAAAAUACUGAGUAAAUCUGGCUCAACCUCAGCUUGCUGCGGUUCACAAUCCUACGACAAAAUAUUCCAAUGGUGUUGUGCCGGUAAAAUAGCCAAUAAACUGCGAUCACACUCAGCCUGUUGCGGCUCCCUCUCCUACGACAAAUUAACCGGGAUGUGUUGUGCCGGUCAAAUAGUUCGUAAAUCGCGUUUUAUCUCAGCCUGCUGUGGUUCACAAUCCUAUGACGCGAGAAGCCGAUUGUGCUGUGCCGGCAAAAUAGUCAGUAAAUCGAGUCCAUAUUCAGCUUGUUGUGGAUAUCAAACCUACAACAAAAGAUCCCGAAUGUGUUGUGCCGGGCAAAUAGUUGGUAAACCGAGCGUAAUCUCCACCUGUUGUGGCUCAAAAUCGUUCGACAAAAGAUUCAAAAUGUGCUGUGAUGGUGAAGUCCAAGCUAAGUCGGGUGCGAGCCUCGCUUGCUGUGGAUCUCGCAGCUUUGACAGAAGAUUCCACAAAUGUUGUCAUGUUCAGGUGCAGUCGCGUUGUUAA